CGUCUGCCACCGCUCGAAGCGAUUGCCUCAUCCCUCUGCAGGGUCGAAUUUGGGCGGGCCUGGGAGAGGUCCCCCGAAGAGCCGCACCCCCUACACCGAAGGUCAGACCUGGGUGUCACGUCCAUGAGGGUUGCCUCUUUUAGGGGAGAAGGAAGGCAGGUCGAUAAAGCGAGGCAGAAGUGGGGCUCUGGCUCCAUAUUUUGGCUAAAUUCCAGUUGCAGAGGUGGUUUUCCUCCGCCCUUCCUCACCCUUUCCCCGGCCCUGUCCCGACGGGAUGCAGGAUGCCCUCCUUCCUGGCUUCACGAAUGCCAUUAUUGUUAUUAUUGACCAAUACCCAGUUUUGGAGGGGACGAGUGGUGUGAUGGGCGGCGCUGCCACUCCCUGGCUCUCGAUUUUAGAAGUGGGUGUGGGCCUGGGCCUGCAGAGCCAAUACUUUGGUGCGCUUGAAGCCGGGGGGUGGAACCUGGGCCUGGCCCGGGGCUAACGAGACCGGUUGGCACAGGAGUUGGGGGCGGAGAACGUAUGGAGCUGGGGUUUUGGUUUUUUUUUGGGGGGGGGGAGUGUUUGUUUCCCCAAACUGGAAUGCCAGGGAGAGGAAUGGAGGGAAAUGGGGCUUUUUUCCGAGGCUGAGGCCGGCCGAAGUGGUGGUUGUAAAGUGUGGCUGUUAGCCUGAGGGCCGAGCUGGGGGGCGGAGGGAAGGGAGAGGAGGGGAGGGGCCACGGCCCUGCAGUGGGCGGAGGCCAAACGGCCCCAGCCCGGGCGGGGCGGCCGCCGGCAUCAAACUUUCCCGGAGCCACCGGAGGACCAGCAGGUCAGGGCGGGCCCGGUCCCACUGAGCCCCGGGGGGCUGGGUGAAGGGUGAGAGGCCGCCCCCUUCGCCAACGCCAAGCCGGGCCCGGUGCCCGGCCUGCCGGCCGGGCCCGGGAGGAGGGGAGGCCCCUGCACCGGCAGCCGGACCCGGACGGACACAAGACCUCGCCUCGCUUCGGGGGAGAAGCCGGGACCCCCUGCCCCGCCCGGACGCCUGCCCUGGGACCGCCCGGCGACAGACAGCUCAGGACCGGCCGCCUUCCCGGGGCCUGAAACCCUCAGCGGGGGUCGGGGAGAGGGGCCCGGACCCAGCGAGGGGCCAGGAGCCGGGCAGCCCAGCCCUCCAGGAGCCGGACGGCCGCACCGACCAGGCCCCGGACAGCCCAGCCCGCCAGGAGCCGGACAGCCCCACCGAUCGGGCCCCAGGCAGCCCACCGGGAGCUGGACAUCCCCACCGACCAGGCCCAGGACAGCCCAGCAGGCCCCGGAUAGCCCAGCAGGCCCCGGAUAGCCCAACCCACCGGGCCCCGGACACCCUCACCGACCAGGCCUCCGGGCAGCCUACCGGGAGCUGGACUGCCCAGCCCACCAGCCCCCCGACAGCCCCACCGACAAAGCCCCAGGCAGCCCACCGGGAGCUGGACAUCCCCAACGUCCAGGCCCAGGACAGCCCACUAGGCCCCAGGCAGCCCCACCAACCGGGUCCCGGACAUCCCAGCCCGCCAGGAGCCGGACAUCCCCACCGACCGGGCCCCGGACAGCCCAGCUCGCCAGGAGCCGGACAUCCCCACCGACCAGACCCAGGACAGCCCACCAGGCCCCGGACAGCCCCACCGACCGGGCUCCGGACAUCCCAGCCCUCCAGAAGCCGGACGUCCCCACCGACCGGGCCCAGGACAACCCACCAGGCCUCAGACAGUCCCACCGACCAGGCCCCGGACAUCCCAGCCCGCAAGAGUUGGACGUCCCCACCGACCGGGCCCAGGACGGCCCACCAGGCCCCAGACAGUCCCACCGACCAGGCCCCGGACAUCCCAGCCCGCCGGGAGCCGGACAUCCCCACCGACCGGGCCCAGGACAGCCCAGCUCACCAGGAGCAGGGCAGCCCAGGCCACCGGGCCGCGCCCCCCGGGCCCCAAUGUGCUUCUGUCCCCGGAGGAGCCAUGAAGGCGGCAUGACCUCAAAGGAUGGAGCCUCUCCCCCCGGCCUCCUGCAGCCCUGGAAGCUGGUCUUCGGGCCGAGGGCCGGCCCGCGGCCGGGCCGCCCGCCCCCCAACGGUCUCUACGUCGUGGCCACCGUGGCGGUGUGGCUGGCCACCGGGACCAGCAUGUCCAGCCUCAACAAGUGGAUCUUCACCGUUCACGGCUUCCGCUACCCGUUGGUGCUGUCCACCCUGCACAUGCUGACGGCCGUGCUGGUGGGCUACCCUCUGGCCCGGCUCCGAGCCCACGGGCCCCUCCGGGCCCAAGCCAAGAGGAGGAUCUUCCUCCUCAGCCUGACCUUCUGCGCCACCAUGGCCUGCGGAAACUUGGGCCUGAGCUACGUGCAGCUGGACUUUGCCCAGAUGGUCUACACCACCACCCCGCUCUUCACCCUGGCCUUGUCCAAGGUGCUGUUGGGGAGACGCCACCACCCCUUGCAGUACGCCGCCAUGGGGCCCAUUUGCUUGGGGGCCGCCUUCAGCAUCGUCGGCGAGCUGCACUUCCACCAAGCUGGCUGCUGCUUCCUCUUUGCCGCCACUUUCCUCCGGGGACUCAAGUCCGUGCAGCAGAGUGUCCUCCUGCAGGAAGAGAAACUCGAUUCCGUCACGCUGCUCUACCUGACGUCCGUUCCCAGCUUCUGCCUCCUCCUGGCGGCAGCCCUGGUGCUGGAGACCGGGGCCUGGGCCACCCCUCUCCCCGACCACCAGCAGCUCUGGCUCUUCAUCCUACUCAGCUGCCUCGUCUCGGUGUUCUAUAACCUGGCCAGCUUCUCCCUCCUGGCUCUCACCUCCGCCCUCACCAUCCACGUCCUGGGCAACUUCAACGUGGUGGGAAACUUGGUCCUGUCCUGGCUUCUGUUCGGCAGCCACCUGAGUGCCCUCAGCUACGUGGGUAUCCUGCUCACCCUGUCGGGGAUGUUCAUCUACCACAACUGUGAGGUCCUGGCCGGCUUCUGGGAGGCCAAGUGGGGACCCCGGCUGGACAGGGACAAGGCCAUGUGAGCCUGCCCCGGUGGCUGCCACCCCCCCUGGAAACCCCCUGAGGAUGUUUACAGAGGUAACACACUGAGCACUGAACGGCCCUCUCUUGUCUUGGACAAGUGUGUACGUGCAUCGGUUGUGCCCAAAUGUGCAGCUUCUCUGCUAGGUGUGGGUGGAGCGAGUGCGUGUGUAUGUAUGUAUAAGCACACGUGUGCCUGCUCAUGUAUGAAUGAACGUGGAGCCACGUGUAUUCGAGGAGGCACCCCUGUGUGUUACUGUGAAUGCCCGUUGGCACACGUGAGACGGUUCCUCUGUGUAUGCUUGUGUUUGUGCAGGACCGAAUUAAUGAAUACCAUCCUCGCUCUCCUCUUGACGGGAGCUCGUCCGACCUCCCUGCUGGGUUUCUGCGAUCCCGCCGCGGCCUCCUCUCCGGGACCGUCCUCGCUAGUCGGGCUCCGAAACUUCUGCUUGCCAAGCUGCAAUCGGGAGGGCUGCCUGCCGGGGUGAGCCGGGAGGUCUGUGCUAUUAAUGGGAUCCAGAUUAUUACCCAGUAAGCUGGUGAGAGGCCGGAACUGUUGCUGGUUGGAAUAGCAGUGCCCGCCAGGAUCCCUUGCUCAGCGGAAUAAGGCUAGCCCCACAAUCAAACCUGGACAUGGAGAGGGCAGGGUGGAGAAGAUGGCGUUGCCCUGGUCUGGGAAUCGCAGUUGCUACUUCGUAUGGCCAGCUCCCUCACCGACUUGCCCAGUGACGUUGGACAAAUACUUCCCUCCUCUGGGCUUCAGUUUCUCCAUCUGUAAAAGGGGAAGAAUCCUACUUUCCCCCUCUGCGCCUCACAGGGAUGAGGAUUGGAUCGUGUUCGCAAAGGAUCGUCGGCCCCUCCGGUGUCAGGGGUGGUGUAAAUACGAAUUUAUUGUUAUUAUUAUUGCUAAUAAUAAUUUUCAUCAUCACAUUCACUGUGGCUCCAAA